AAGCUAGGCGUCGAAGGAAGCAUAGCAUACAGGGCUGCUUAUUUAGAGUAGUUUUAGGGUUACAUUGGGUUAUUAUGGUCCUCGGCGGCUUGCGUCCAAUUAAAAAGAAAACAUACGAAGCAAUGGGACCCUAGCAAUAGCAUCGGAAGAUGUUGAAAGCAGUAAAGUGAAGAAGCACAAGUGGAACCAAGCCUCACCAAGACAUGUAUCUUCCCCUCAUUUUCCCAAGAAGCGGGGAAAGCCAUAUAAAAGAUGGGAUUUCUUCAAUCCUUUCCAAUGUGAUUCUCUGUGCCUCCACCUCAUUUUUUCACAUCGAAAAUUAUCAAAAUGCCUCGAGUCGCUAUCGUUACCGGUUCAGCCCGGGGGAUUGGAAAGGCAAUUGCCCUCCGGCUGGCCGCAAACGGUUAUUCAGUUUGCAUAAAUGAUAUCAUCGACGCAAAAGAUGCGAUCACCAGCGUCGUAGAUGAAAUCAACACCACGAUCUCUCAAGAUGGAUCCUCAGUAUCUUCUCGUCCCCGGGCGAUUGGCAUAGCCGCUGAUGUGACUUCAUCCUCCGCCGUAGAAGCGAUGGUUCAAGAGACGGUAGAAAGGCUCGGUCCGUUGACGCUGAUGGUCGCGAACGCGGGCAUCGCGCAAGUCAAACGACUUCUUGACGUCACUGAGGCCGACAUUGACCAGGUUUUCUCCGUUAACUUCAAAGGUGUGUUCAACUGUUACACACAUGCAGCCCGUCAGAUGAUUGUCCAGGGUGAUCCGCAGACCGCUGCCGGGGUUGGGGUGUACAAGAUUGUGGGGGCCUCGUCUAUCGUUGGGUUUAGGGCAUUCGGAGCGUUAGGUGUCUAUUCGGCUAGUAAGUGGGCGGUUCGGGGAUUGACGCAAGCCAUGUCGAUUGAGAUGGCACCACACAAGAUUACGGUCAAUGCAUAUGCGCCAGGUGUGGUGGGCACGGCAAUGUGGGAUAAGAUUGACGAGGAGUUGGGCGGGAUCGAGGGCCGGUCGCAGGGGGAAACACGGAGAGUGUACUCCAACAAGGCAGUCCUAGGACGAACGAGUGAGCCAGAGGACGUGGCUGGAUUAGUUGGAGGGUUCCUGGCAAGUCAGGACUCGGACUUUGUGACGGGUCAGACGAUGGUAGUCGACGGUGGGAUCGUCUUUACUUAGGUUUGUGUGAAACUUUGAUAGGAUGGCCCUCAUUCCCACCCUACAACAUCCAGUUCUACCCACACACUAGCUAGUACUGGAAGCGUUAAUGUAAACCCUGUAGGCUAAUACGAGAUUCCCCGUUUGUCCUUAAACCUAAUAAUCAGCAUGAUGUCA